AACUUCUUCCCCAAGUUGCGGGUAGUGUCAUCGUUAAUAUGUAAUAUAUUGGCCCACUUUUAAUCUAAUAUUUUCAUUCCGACCCUCGUACAUACACUGUGAAGGCAAAGUCGCGGCGAAUUUGUGCAGUUGGGUACCAAAAUCUCCAUGGCAGUUCGGCAGGUUCAGCGGCGAUUACUCUCUCUCUUCACCACUAAACAGCCUCACCCCUCUCUCCGAACCAUUGAACCCUCCUGGAAGUUACUUUCUUCGGCUACUUCGUAUUUCAGUAGAGAUGAAUUGAGCAAAAGAGGACUUCAAACACUUUCAAAACCUACCGAGCAGGCUGUCGAAGAAUUGGCAGUAGAUGAAGCUUGCAGUUUGAAGUCUGAUUCCAACUCACCUGAAGUUGUGCCCAUCCCAAUCAGCAAGGAAAACUCUGCUGUAAACUUCAGUGCCACAUCCUACUUAAAAGUAUCCCCACGACAUGAUCUUGCCAUGAUUUUCACUUGCAAGGUCUGUGAAACCAGAUCCAUAAAGACUGCUUGCCGUGAAUCAUAUGAAAAAGGUGUAGUGGUGGCUCGAUGUGAUGGGUGUAAUAAUCUACACCUGAUUGCUGAUCGCCUGGGGUGGUUUGGAGAACCAGGGAGCAUCGAGGAGCUCCUGGCUGCUCGUGGGGAGGAAGUGAAAAAAGGUUCUGUUGAUACUUUAAACCUUACGCUUGAAGAUUUGGCUGGAAAGAAGAAUCUUGAAAUUUGAAAAGAACAGAAUUUAGGAGAGUUCAGGAAUUUGGCAUGAAGCUUUAUUGUUCUGAAUUGGAGAAAUUAGUCGUAUGAUAAAACUCUGUUCGGAGAAUUGUUUUGUACAAAAUUUGUGCAUGUCAAGGAGGCCUAGCUCAAUGAAAACAGUUGAUUGAGGUUUUCAAGUUUGUGUCUUGACAAUGUUGGUGGAGAUGUCAAGGAGGCAAUCAUGCAACUUUCUCCAUAUUUAUGUCAUUCCCUGUUCAGUUGAAGCAGCAUUGAUGAUUUCUCAGCUAAAGUUUCUGUUGAAUAUGCACUUUCGGCUAUUUGCUUUGAGCCUGUUUGCUGCGAU